GCGGUGCGCUGUCCCAGGUCGGGAACCGGAGCCCCAGGCAGCAGAAAGAGCGGCGCCGGGAUGCUGCGGGCGGGAGCACCAACCGGGGACCAGCCCUGGGCCAGAGAAGUCCACACUGGGACAACCAUCAUGGCGGUAGAAUUUGAUGGGGGUGUUGUGAUGGGUUCUGAUUCCCGGGUAUCUGCAGGCAAGGCAGUGGUGAACCGAGUGUUUGAUAAACUCUCCCCCCUGCACCAGCACAUCUACUGUGCCCUGUCGGGAUCAGCUGCUGAUGCCCAAGCCAUAGCAGACAUGGCUGCCUACCAGCUGGAACUCCAUGGAAUGGAACUGGAUGAACCUCCACGAGUUCUGGCUGCUGCAAAUGUAGUUAAGAAUAUCACCUACAAGUAUCGGGAUGACCUGUCUGCACAUCUCAUGGUAGCUGGCUGGGACCAACAGGAAGGAGGCCAGGUGUAUGCAACCCUGGAAGGAAUGCUGACGCGGCAGCCCUUCGCCAUUGGUGGCUCUGGCAGCACCUACAUCUACGGUUAUGUGGAUGCAGCAUAUAAGCCAGGCAUGUCCCCUGAGGAGUGCAGACGCUUCACCACAAAUGCUAUCACUCUGGCCAUGAGCCGGGAUGGCUCAAGCGGGGGUGUCAUCUACUUGGUCACCAUUACAGCUGCUGGUGUGGACCAUCGAGUAAUCUUGGGCAACGAGCUGCCGAAAUUCUAUGAUGACUGAAUCUCCUCAGACUUCCUUCCUUAUUUUGUAAUAAACUAUCU